AUGUUCUUGAUUAUAGGUUUCUUAUUAAUUCUGUAUGUAACUUAUCGAUUCUAUCAAUAUUUAUAUCCAUCACCAGAUAUUGAUCCCAAUGGUAAAUAUGUACUUAUCAGUGGAUGUGAUACAGGUUUUGGUCAUACAUUAGCUAUUGAACUUGAUAAAAAAGGUUUCAAUGUUUUCGCUAGUGUUUAUAAUAAAGAUAAUCAAGCUUCAUUGAAAAACAAACUUUCAUCCCGUGCCAUUGUCUUCUGUCUUGAUAUUACUCAACAAACACAAAUUGAUGCUGCAUAUAGAAUAGUGAAAGAAAAAACAAAUACAUUACACGCACUUGUAAAUAAUGCAGGAAUUGAUCAAGAUGGUUUAAUUGAUUGGAUUACACUUGAUUUUAUGAGAAAUAUGAUGGAAAUAAAUUAUUUUGGACAUGUUGCUAUGACAAAAACAUUUUUACCAUUACUUAUAGCUAAACGAGGUUCACGUAUAGUUAAUUUAUGUUCAGUAGCUGGUUUUUUAGCUGCACCAAGUAUGUCAGCUUAUUGUGCUUCAAAAUAUGCGUUCGAAUCAUUUUCUGAUUGUCUACGUCGUGAAAUGCAUCCAUGGGGAUUACAUGUAAGCAUUAUUGAACCAGGUUAUAUGCGUACACCUAUCAUCGAAGGUCAUGUACAAACAAUGCACAAGAUGUGGAAUACACUACCAAAUGAUGUUCAAGAUCGAUGGGGUAAAGAAUAUCUUAAAAAUUUAAUGGACAAACGACUCAAUAAUAUAUUCAUUCAUUUUGCUGAAAAUCCUAUUAAAGUAGUACAAGCAAUUCAACAUGCUGUUAGUAAUACAAAACCAUGUAUUCGCUAUAAACCAGGAUGGCAAUCAGGCUUAAUAUUUUUUCCACUUUCUAUUAUUCCUGCUUGGAUAACUGAUUUACUCAUGGACAAAGGACGUGGUCGAAAUGUAACACCUGCUGGUGUAUUUAAACAACUUUAG